UUUAUACUGCACACUCUGCUUGUAGCUUGAACAGAGCCUGCUGCAAGAUACUCUGCUCGCAGGGGGACACAGAGACAAAAAAAUAUAGGGCCCCCUUUCUUAUGCUCCAUGCCCGUACCCUUCCCCCACCGCCGCAGCCCAAAAUGACUAACAUCCCCUCGAAGCGGGCUCAAGACCCCGAAGCCCUCUCCUCAUGCCUGCAAAUAUGGUUCAACUUUUUAUCCUAAACUUUAUCCCAUAUCCCUGAAAUUCUCUCACCCCCCCCCUCAACCGACCACCCUUCCCCAUCCCAACAAAAGAAGCCAGCCCCCAUCUCCGUCUUCUCCUCCGCACCCCUCUGAAUUUUAACCAAAAACCCCAGGAUUUUAGGGUGAGCGGGGCGACGACCGACCGACCGACCGACCGAACAACCAUCACCACCAAGCCUCCGAAAAAAACAAAACAACAUCAUGUUUUUAAAAGAGUUCCUCGCCUCCUUGUAUGUAAGGAUGCUGAUCACCCUUUGGAAUUUCUCCGUACUAUCGGCGCUGAGCCUGGAUCCCAUCUACUGGAACAGCUCGAAUAAAAGGUUUCAGGAUGCAGAGGGUUACGUCUUAUAUCCACAAAUUGGAGACCGAUUGGAUUUACUUUGCCCACGUUCCGAACCUCGUGGACCUUUCUCCUCAUCCCCCUAUGAAUACUACAAGCUUUAUCUGGUGGGAACAGAGGAAGAGGUAGUUACCUGCUCUGUCCUCCGGACGCCGAACCUCCUCCUCACCUGUGACCGGCCGGGACAAGACCUUCGCUUCACCAUCAAGUUCCAAGAGUACAGUCCCAACUUGUGGGGCCACGAGUUCAAGUCCCAUAGAGAUUACUACAUUAUAGCCACGUCGGAUAGUACUCCGGAGGGGCUGGAGAACCUCAGUGGGGGUGUCUGUAAGACCAAAGGAAUGAAGGUCACUUUAAAGGUUGGACAGAGUCCAGGUGGAGGGACUCACCCACGGAGGCCUUCACUUAAAGAUAAAGAUUCAAAUCUUUCUCCAUCUUCACCAAACCCGGACUCCCCUAAUUUUGCAGGAGACACAUCUGGCAAUGCCACCAAGACAGGAGAAAAUGGCCCCCUUCCUAAUUCCCACGUUCCUCUAGUGGCCGGGGCAGCAGGGGGCGCUGUCCUGCUCCUGUUGGUGUUUGGCGUGGUUGGAUGGGCCUGCCACAGACGCCGGCAAGCCAAGCACAGUGACACGCGGCAUCCCCCCCUCUCACUGGGCUCCAUUACCUCCCCUAAAAGAGGGGGUAACAACAACGGGCACGAGCCUAGCGACAUCAUCAUGCCACUGAGGCCUUCAGAAGGUGGCGCCUUCUGUCCCCACUAUGAGAAGGUCAGCGGAGACUAUGGACACCCGGUGUACAUUGUACAGGACAUGGCUAGCCAGAACCCCGCCAAUAUCUAUUACAAAGUAUGAAAGUCCGGCCAUCUGCGACUUCUUCUCCUAGUUUAUUUUUCCUUUAAAUUUUUUGUUCUUUUUUUUUUCUUUUUUUGGACGGAGGCUGGGGGCUCAGAGUAGGAGGGACGGAGGACAUAUUCGAAAGUGAAAGUUGCCUGGCCAAGCCCCCUUUGUGUGUGCACUUCACGUCCGCAUGCCUUCUUAUGUACUCCCUGAGAUGCAAAGCACAUCGCGAUUGGAGACAACGAAGGGCAUAGAGAGCAGACUUGGGCUGCUCCAGACCAUUGCCACCAGUGCGGACCCUGAACACAAACCGUUGCACUUGACCAGGAAACAGCAUCACUGAUCGAGAAAGACAUGCAAAAAAAAAGUUGCCAAAAAAACAAAAAUGGUUGAACUGCUGCCAAUGACGCCAGCAUGGUAUGGCGGCUCCAAAGGUUUAAUAGAUUAUUAGAGCUCGGUUUUAGGGUGGAUGCCUGCUGGUCGAAUCACCCCUAGAUAUUUGCUCCUCAUGGCAGUCACCAAGGGUCUCGCUCUUGCUGUUGGUUUUGCCAUCGUUCUGCCACGGCCAGAUCUUGGCAGCAAAACCAAUAAGAUUUAUUCUGCCAGCAUCCAUCUUUCUCCUUAAAACCAAUUUUGAGUGGAUCUAGCCUUUAAUCCCGAGACAGGGAACAAAGCCAGUAAAGCUGCCCCCAUGAACUGCAUUGUGCUCCAGUCAACGGCGCCUCGCGCAGGCACAGACGAAGGAACGAAAAAGUUAGCUGCCAUGGAGACAAAAUGGCUGCCACUCUGAUUUAUGUGGUGUGUGUGUGUUUUUUUUUUCUUAUUUUUCUUUUCUUUUUUUUUUUUUUCUUUUUUAAUCUCCAGCCCAAAGCCUUAAACAAUAGCCUAUACCAUCUCUGCCCCCUUUCCCCUACUGAUGUUUGCACAAAAGUCAAGUCAUGUUCUUUGAAUUUACGACUUCAAACCAAGAUUUACCCCUCCUUAAUAGACAACAUUUGAUGUAUUCGUCCGUUCUGCCUUGUGAAAAUAGGCAAAGGGGCUCCCCGCUGGUUAUACUUCUCAUUCUGAACCGCCGUUGUCGUUGUUGUCCUGUGUCACUGUUACCCACCGUGAGUCCUUUUUUUGUCCUCUUUUUUUCUUGUGUUUCCCCCCACCGGGAGUAAAAUCCCAAGCAAAAUAACCAGGUUGUAUAAGGAGAUAAGAAAACAAGAACCCCACGCAGAGAGAUUGGGCCCCGACGGUGCGCGCGCUGGGACAUGUUAAAAUAUGGCACCUCGGCUGGGGGCACGGGAGAGAAGAACGGGGAUGGUGGGGGGGAUGAAGAGGCAGAGAAAACGGAGCGUAAUUAAGCUAGGCCUCGUUGCCAUGGAGACAGAUUGGGACUACUCUCUCCCUUAGCGUCUCCCCCCCCCCUUUUUUUUCUCGUGUCUGCCUCUCUCCCUCGCUCUCUCCGCUAUGGCAUUAAAGUGUCGGUCGCCAGGGAGACAGAGAACGAAAAUGAGCGAUAAAAAAAAAACGAAGGGGGGAGAUUUAGUUUUUUUUUUUCAGCUCAACAUUAGAAAUAUAUUUGAAGAUGUCAGCUGAACAAGUAAAUACACUUGAUAAAAGAUGGGCCGUGCCGGGUAGGGGGGCCCAUUUUUCGACUUGACGACGGUCUCCAACUGCACCGGUCCCAGAUGAAAUCACAAGUCUGUGAAAAAAAAAAAGGAGCAGGUUUUUGUCUCCCACGCCAACCUGAGCCGCGACGGCUAUUGUUAAAAAUAUAUUAAAGAAAAUGUUACAUUUGCUCAAUAAAGCUUCUUUUGUUUGCGCUCUCAUGAACUAUUUUGAUAGGAAGUGACAGGUCUCCCUCGGAUUUCGGUGUCUCGGCUCGGUUCUUGCUGCGGGGGGGGGAUAAGAGGGACAGGCUUGAGCUUAAAACCCUUUUCAUUAAAGCCAGUUUUAGAUAGGGAAUAAUCUAUUUGAUGUAGCCUUCGCCCCUCGAUGUAUGGGGGCCUAAUCUCUUGUGCCAUUUAUAGAAUUGCGUUUUUUAGAUUGCUCUUUUCUUUUAUUUGUAACGCCGGGUGAAGGGAGGCCAGACACGGUGGGAUCUUUGCAAACAACGAACAUGUUUGAUAUGAUUGGACAGGUAAUGGUUGUCUAGGAAAACCUAUAUGUAGCAUUUGAGAAGCUUUGCCAAUCCUUUUUUCGCACGAUUUUUACCAGCACCAGCAAAGACGGCAUUAGGGCUAAAAUCUUUAUUCAAUGUGCGCCAAAUGUUUAUUCUUACAUUCAAACGCCGUUAUGAUGUAUGUUGUGAAUAUGGCAAAAUUUACUGAAUCAUAGCUUUUCCGAGUGAGUCAAUCCAGAUGUCAUUAAUUGUGGAGGUGCAAGUAAAGACGUUUUCCUAAACGCAA